AUGAUACUCGGUGAUGAUAUGUGUAGUGAAAAUUUAUACUUUUGUUUAGACGUCUUGACGAUCCAGCAUAAUAUAUUGACAACCCACUCUCCUUCUUCUGCCGCCAUAUUUCAUUCAUCCAAUCGUUCUCUGGUUCUUUCUAUAUCUCUCUUUUCCUCUUUUUUUGCCAGAUUGAGGCAAGUUCAAUCUAAUCUUCUUUCUGCUAGCUUCAUACUCACCCGUUUUCGAGAUCAUUCCAUGGUGGAUAUACGGCUUAUCUCAAUAACCAAACAGGCGGUACGAACCAUCCAAGCGCUUACUCCAGCUUUAUGCCGGAGAGGAAGGCAGACGGGAGAGCGAGACGGAAGGGGCCAGACGGGGAGAGAGACGGGAGAGACCGCAACCGGUCGGCACAUUGCCGUCACUUGCUUGGGCACUCGCCGACGACCAUUACGGGUUGCGGCGCUACAAGGCAGCCGAGAAAGGCAACAGUCGAGAGAGAAUUCUGAAGCAGACGGUCGAGCGAGACGGAAGAGGCCAGGCGGGAGAGAGAGAGAGGUGAGAGACCGCGAUCGGUCGGCACAUUGCCGUCACGUGCGUGAGCACCCGCAGGCGACCAUUACGGGUCACGGUGCUACAAGCAGACGGGAGAGAGAGUCGGGGAACGAAACCAUCAACGAGAGAGUCACGAGAGAUUUAGAGAAGGAAGACUGCCGCCUGUUCUGA